AUGUUCUACGUGAGACUGCGAUGGCUUGCGCGUACCUUAUGCGUCCUAUUCAUAGUGAUAUUCAUAACUUUGACAAUCCUCUACAUUAAUAAUGGGUACGCGUUAGACUCAACAUUGUACAGUUAUCCUCUAGAUGUAAAUUUGUACAAAAUUUAUUCCGACCUCGGUCCAGAUGGGGAGUGGACUCCCUCAUUGCACCUUCCUGUUCGUCCUAUCAAUCUGGCAAAUUUCUCACUGAUCCGUGCUCCUCAAUCUCUCUGCAUACCGGAAUACCCCGAGCUAGCCAAUGAAUCCAUAUUUAACCCAGUCGACAUUAUUUUCAUAGUCAAAACGAGACUGAGCUCGUUCAGUCAACGGAACGCAAUUCGACAAACAUGGGCAAAUGCCUCGUGCGCAGCUAAUUUGAAUUACACUAUCCGCACGGUGUUCGCAUUGGGCUCCCCCGCAUUCGCUCAACCGUGGCUGGACAACCGCCUUCAACAAGAACACGACGAGUAUCAUGAUUUAUUGCAAUUCAGUUUUGUGGAUGCUUAUCACAACAACACGUACAAAAUGAUGACCUCGUUGAAAUAUGUCUCAAAACAUUGCAGAAACGCUCGUUUUGUUGUGAUCAUGGAUGAGGAUUUUCUUGUGCACAUAAAGAAUAUGAUCCGCAUCUUGGAUGAAGUGCCCCAAGUGCAGCAUGCCACAUACGUGGCCGGCUACGUGUUCUCAACUCCAAUACCGGAGCGGAGACCUUGGAAAAAGUGGUAUGUUUCUUACGCGCUGUAUCCACAUCGAUUUUAUCCGCCGUAUCCCACUGGUGGAACUGUGAUAAUGAGUAUGCCUGUUGUUCGACUGGUGGCAGCCGGAAUGCCAUUUGUGAAAUUUUUCUGGAUAGAUGACACGUAUUUGGGUAUUGUGCUUCAAAAAUACGGAAUCAGUCCACAAAAUAUACGCAAUGUGUACCUAAGUCACGCCCCGGUUGAUUCAGAAUUAUCCACGUUAGUCUCUGCGCACCAAUUUGGAACACCGUGGAAAAUGAGACAAGGAUGGAAUAAACUUUUGCGUCUUGGUGUGUGCCAAAGCUGA